AUGGACUCAAGCAAGCGGCUUCGAGGCCCUGCCGCUCAGAUAGCCUCGUCAAAACGGCCGUUUCCCGCUCGCGGCGGCGGCGGUAGCGGAAUUCCCGCGUCGCGACGCGACGAGGAGGAAGGAGAUGCGAUGGCGGUAGGGACGGAGGAGGAAGAGGAAGAGGUGGAAGAAGCCGUCGCGAUCGGCGGCGACGCGGGAGGAGCGGAUAUGGAUGAGGACGAGGCGAUGAUGAUCAUGAUGGCGGAAGACGAGACGGAUUUGAUUCGCAGAGCGGAGCAGGCGGCGAAGGAGGAGGCCCGGCGGGUAGGACAGAUGGGUAGGCUGCAGCCGCUUUUAGCUAAGUGGCGGCGACAGCCGGUGGCGGAGUUUGACCCUAGAAAAACUGAUAUAGUGUUUCAGCAGCUUGACAUUGACUACUACUUGACAUCUGACUCACCCUUCAAGACUCAUUACAAGAGCUCCGCUGUACUGCGGAUCUUUGGUGUCAACGAACAUGGAAACAGUGUGUGCGCUAUGGUGCACGGCUUUCUGCCCUACUUCUAUGCGAUGGCACCGUCGCAAUUCACAUAUGAUGAUGUUGCUGCCUUCCACACCCAACUCUCGGAACGAGGUCAGGCGAAGGGAGUGGUUGUGAUAAAAGUGGAGAUGCUGAAAGCGCAGGGCCUGCUUUACUAUCAAGGCCCGGAUAAGAAGACAUUUCUUAAGAUCACACUCGCUCUGCCCACCAUGGUGGCUCCAUGCAGAGCUUACUUUGAACAGGGAUUUGAGUGGAACGGGUUUCACUUCCCCUCCACCACAUACGAAAGCAACGUGCUCUUUGCCCUGCGCUUCAUGAUUGACUGCCACGUCACCGGCGGCAACUGGAUCUCGCUGCCAGCUGGCACGUACCGCGUGCGCGAGGACAGCCGGAAGCUGUCGGCGUGCCAGCUGGAGGUUGAUAUCCUCUUCGACAUUGAGUGCAGCGGGCGCAAGGGGCACUUCCCAGAGCCGCAGCACGACCCGGUCAUUCAGAUCGCCAAUAUCGUCUCCCAGCAGGGCAGCAGCGACCCGCUGGUUCGCACCGUGCUCACCCUCGGCUCCUGUGCUCCCAUUGUGGGGUGCGAUGUGGUGGCGUUCGAGACAGAGCAGCAGCUAUUGCUCGCUUGGAAGGAGCUCAUUCAGGCUACAGACCCUGACAUGAUCAUCGGCUACAACAUCCAGAAGUUCGAUCUGCCCUACUUGAUUGAGAGAGCCGAGAAGCUGAAUCUGAAGACCUUCCCGUUCCUGGGUCGGAUUCUCAACACCCAGCUCAAGAUGCGCGAUGCACGCUUCCAAUCCAGGCAGUACGGCACGAGGGAAACCAAGGAGGUGACUCUUGACGGGCGCGUGCAGUUUGAUCUGCUGGUGGCCAUUCAGAGAGAGCACAAGCUCAGCUCCUACUCCCUCAACUCCGUCUCAGCUCACUUCCUCAACGAACAGAAGGAGGACGUGCAUCACUCCAUCAUCGCCGACCUUCAGAACGGAGACGCCCAGACGCGCCGCCGACUUGCAGUCUACUGCCUGAAAGACGCGUACCUGCCGCAGCGGCUGCUGGAGAAGCUCAUGAUGGUCUACAACUAUGUGGAGAUGGCGAGAGUCACGGGUGUCCCAAUCUCUUUCCUGCUUGCACGCGGGCAAAGCAUUAAGGUACGCUACACCCCACCCAGCAUGCUGGCCGUGUACUGCCUCAAAGAUGCAUACCUGCCGUAG